AUGGUGGUCCGUACUGUGGAUGCCCUUGCGGUACCUCUUCUCCUUGCGGUCGAAGAUGGUGUACUUGUCCUUGGGCAGCAUCUCGGCCUCGGUGGGCAUCUCAGCCCUCCAGCGUUCCACCGCCUUGACGGUCUCACCCUUCUUGGCAAGAGCGUUCUCAAUGGUGGCGACGACGUUGUCAACGGCCCUCAGUCUGCGGCGCUGCCUGAGCUUCUGGAACUUGGACAUGCGCCAUGGGAUCUUCCUGUUUGCCGCGACAUGAUUAGCAUUUCUGUCGCUUACCAAAGAAGACCCCCGGAGAGGGGGUUGGUGAAUCUGAAAGCCCCAAACAUUGUGGUGGUGGUGGAUGUUUGGGGGGGAGAGCUGCAACCGGUUCGCUUCGUCAGGAUGGGUCCCGAAGGUAUCGCGGGAAUCGGCGCGGGCGGGCGGUCGUCGUCCAAACAGUCCCGUCCAAAAAAAUCGCGGGCCUGGACCCCCCUUGCAAGGUCCACUGUUCAGCCUCGAGGAGCCCCCAUCUUUUUUGUGAAAUUCCCCGGUUCCGUCUUUUCCAUUUCCUGCUCCCACGGAACAGCUCACCCCGCUGUCCGCGCACUGUCCGCGGCAGAUGGACACACUGACACGGGUGCACCUGCAGCAUUAGCGCCGUCCGUCACCGAAGGAACCUCCAGCUCCAACAACCACGCCCGCCCGCCGAACCGGCUGCUGUACCUACGAUUCCCAGCAAUCAACUGGAACAGAAGACAGACCACCCCAAUUCCGGGCCACUGA